UUAGCAGCUUUAAUUCCUCUACCUUUCAAUUGAUUUCAACGAAAUGGAGGAAUCAGUCGUUUUCAAACACAAGUAAAAUGAAUCAGGAUGGGGGGCAGAUAAGCAUCAACGCAUUUUCCAUCUGAUUCAUUGGCAAAGGAGUUACAUCACUUCCCAUUACUAGCAAAAGCAAUUGUCUCUUUUGAUGGACAGCGAUCAAUUUUUUGUUUGGGUAACGGAUAUUACUGUGAGUUAUUUCUUCUUGACCCUCGUGAUGAGAGGGCGUUAGGCACAGUUACGUAGGGCGCCAAUAUUGCUGUAUUAAAGGACUGGGUCAAACCGAGAGAAGCGUAACAGACCCAUUUGUAGAUACGGCUAAAUUUAGAGAGUGGACAACAAGAUUCAUGGAUCUCAGAAAAAGUGAAAAUGAAGGAAACUUCGAUCCGAACCAAUCCGGGCAUAUAUAUCAGAUGGCUCUGGAUAUUGGAGGCUCUCUUGCCAAGCUAGUGUACUUUACGGAUAAUGAGGAUUGUGCUAUUGAGGGCAAGGAUGGGAUAUCUCCUGAAAAGGCCGUGGCAAAAUCCAAAGGCAGUAAAAGCUGUGCAGUUCUUAGAGGAAAGCUCAAUUUUAAAAUAUUUGAGACAAGCAAGAUAGAUGACUGUUUAGAGUUUAUAAAGUCCAUGAAACUUCAUCUUGGAGGUAGUCAGCGACAAGAGAAUCCUGGAAGUCAAACUACGGCUGUUAAGGCCACAGGUGGUGGAGCAUAUAAAUAUACAGAUCUCUUCAAGGAAAGACUUGGGAUCAAUCUUGACAAGGAAGAUGAAAUGGAUUGUCUAGUAGCAGGAGCAAAUUUUCUGCUUAAGGUUGUCCAUCAGGAGGCGUAUACCUACAUGGACGGUCAAAAGCAAUUCAUGGAUGUGGACCACAACGAUCUGUAUCCAUAUCUUCUUGUUAAUAUCGGAUCAGGUGUUAGCAUGAUUAAGGUGGAAGGAGAUGGUAAAUUUGAGCGAGUUAGUGGAACAAGUAUUGGAGGAGGAACUUUCUGGGGUUUGGGAAAGCUUUUAACUAAGUGCAGGAGUUUUGAUGAAUUGCUGGAAUUAAGCUAUCGGGGGAACAACAGAGUGAUAGAUAUGCUUGUUGGAGAUAUCUAUGGCGGAACGGAUUAUUCAAAGAUAGGCCUUGCAUCAACAACAAUAGCUUCUAGCUUUGGGAAGGCAAUUUCUGAUAAUAAGGAGAUUGAAGAUUACAAACCUGAAGAUAUUGCUCGAUCUCUCCUUAGAAUGAUCUCAAAUAAUAUUGGACAGAUCUCUUACCUAAAUGCUCUUCGAUUCGGCCUGAAGAGAAUUUUUUUCGGUGGAUUUUUCAUCCGAAGUCAUCCUUUUACAAUGGACACAAUAUCUGUUGCUGUUAAUUUCUGGUCUAAAGGUGAGGCCAAAGCGAUGUUUUUGCGGCACGAGGGGUUUCUUGGAGCCGUGGGUGCUUUCAUGAGUUCUGAUCAGCAUGAACUCAAGAAACUACUGCUAAAUGAAGUGGUGCAACAAGCUCCCAGCAGUGUCUCCUGUACCGUUGCUGGGGAAUUACAUGGAGAAGAAAGCAUAGAAUGCCGUGUCUAUUCAGCUUAAGCUCAGGCAAGGCAAUUCUUCAUUGCCUGGCCUUCCACACUACUUGUAUAAGUUCUGCAAUCUGUAUUCUGUAAGAAAAUAACAGAGAUAAUAUUUUUAGUGUUCGUUAUCAGUUAUUCAAUUUGAUUAUGAGAUGAAUUAAUGAGUCAGAAAAAUGUCCUCUCGUUAUGUGUUUAUGGUGAGUCUCAUUAUAAAUGCUUAUGGAACUGCAUCAAAAUGUUGUCCAUUUUGUAUAAUGAUCAACAGUGGAAGGCAACUGUGAGACAAGUCAUUGAAUGAA